AUGGCCUCGGAGCGGGAAGUGCGCGUCCGGUUGCGACGCGCGGGCCAGGAGCACCUCCUGCGCUUCUGGGCCGAGCUGGCGCCGGGGCCGCGCGCCGCGCUGCUGGCCGAGCUGGCGCCGCUGGAGCCCGAGGCGCUGCGCGAGCACUGCCGGCGAGCGGCGGCGGCCUGCGCACUCCCCCCCGGGCCGUCGCCCGACCUGGCCGCGCGCCUGCGGCCCCUGCCCCCCGAGCGCGUGGGCAGCGUAGGCCGCAGCGACCCCGAGACGCGGCGGUGCUGGGAGGAGGAAGGUUUCCGCCAGAUUGCCCUGAACAAGGUGGCCGUCCUGCUGCUGGCCGGCGGGCAGGGUACGCGCCUGGGUGUGGCCUACCCCAAGGGCAUGUAUCGUGUGGGGCUGCCCAGCGGGAAGACGCUGUACCAGCUGCAGGCGGAACGGAUUCGGCGGGUGGAGCAGCUGGCUGGUGAGCGCCGCGGGACCCGCUGCACCGUGCCCUGGUACAUCAUGACCAGUGAGUUUACUCUGGGGCCCACCGCUGAGUUCUUCAAGGAGCACGACUUCUUCCACCUGGACCCUGCCAACGUGGUCAUGUUUGAGCAGCGAAUGCUGCCUGCAGUGACCUUUGAUGGCAAGGCCAUCCUGGAGCGGAAAGACAAAGUUGCCAUGGCCCCAGACGGCAACGGCGGCCUGUACUGCGCGCUGGCGGACCACCAGAUCCUGGAGGACAUGGAGCGCCGGGGCGUGGAGUUCGUGCACGUGUACUGCGUGGACAACAUACUGGUGCGGCUGGCGGACCCCGCCUUCAUAGGCUUCUGUGUACUGCGCGGAGCGGACUGUGGCGCCAAGGUGGUGGAAAAGGCAUACCCCGAGGAACCCGUGGGCGUGGUGUGCCAGGUGGACGGCGUCCCCCAGGUGGUGGAGUACAGCGAGAUCAGCCCUGAGACCGCGCGGCUGCGAGCCUCUGACGGGGGCCUGCUCUACAACGCAGGCAACAUCUGCAACCACUUCUUCACCCGAGGCUUCCUCCAGAUGGUCACCAGGAAAUGUGAGCCGUUGCUGAAGCCACACGUGGCUGUGAAGAAGGUCCCCUACGUGGAUGAGGAGGGAAAUCUGGUAAAGCCGCUAAAACCGAACGGGAUAAAGAUGGAGAAGUUUGUGUUCGAUGUGUUCCAGUUUGCUAAAAACUUCGUUGCCUUUGAAGUGCUACGGGAAGAGGAGUUUUCCCCGCUAAAGAACGCUGACCCGGCCAGCAGGGAUAGCCCCUGCACCGCCCGGCAGGCCCUGCUUGCCCAGCACUACCGGUGGGCUCUGCAGGCCGGGGCCCGCUUCCUGGACACACAUGGGGCGUGGCUCCCCCAGCCGCCCAGCCCGCCCCUGCAUGGAGACCCUCCGGCCAUCUGUGAGAUAUCACCCUUAGUGUCUUACUCUGGAGAGGGUUUGGAAGUGUACCUGCAAGGCCAGCAGUUCCAGUCCCCACUCAUCCUGGAUGAGGACCAGGCCAAGCCGUGCACCGAGGACGAGGCAGGGGAAACCAGCUGGCCUGGUCUCUUCCCAUGGUGCUGCUGCUCCAGGGUGCAGUGCCUCUGUUGAUUUGCACCUGUGUUCUCAUCUGGGAAAGGACAGCAGCACCUACCUGUCCCCACUCACAUGAAGAGAGCUAUGAAAAGGGGCCUGCUGCUGAAUUUUCACCUGCCCCAACCUCUGCAGCCACAAAUGGGGAGCCUACACUCAUCCCUGUUGUUCCCCCAGAGCAGGGAUGUUACCUCGCAGGGUGGGUUCAGGUGCAGCUGAUGUGUCCAGUGGCAUAGAGUGGACAAGGGCUGCGUCUCUGCAUCCUCACAACAAGGACAAGUCCACGCCUUGCUAUUAUUAGAAUCAAAACUCACAGGACUUCUGCCUCCACCCAGGCGCUGCCUGUCACCUUGUUGCAAACCUCAGAAGCAAACCCCUUACUCUUUUGUUAGCUGCUGCACAGACAAGCAGACGUCCUGGGGCAGGAGCGGGUCAGCCGAGUAUGAGACAGGGCACAGCUGCCCUUCAUGGUCAGGACUGGAAAACUUAUGCAGCCUCCUUUCUACACAAGUACAGUCAGCAGGGAAAUUCUUGAAACAACUUAUUUCAAAUAACAUUUUCAAAUAAUUAUUCCAUCAUGUAGAGUUGCAAAAAAAGCUCACAGAGGUCCCAGCUACACUUCAUCCACUUUCCCCCAGCGGAUGCACCUUCAUCACAUGCUUAUAGGGCGAUAUGAACCCCAGGAAAGUGACACUGGCACAGCAUUUGAAGUCAUCACACGUGUAGAUUAGCCCACCCACCACAACCCAGAUGCACAACCGUUUGUCACCACAAAGACCUCCCUCGUGAUACCCCUUGCUAAGCACAUACCCCCUCCCCACUAUCCCUAACCCCAGGCCACCACUAAUGAGACAACCUAGUUUUAAAAGAUUGCUGAUAUCUUGAUGUCCUAUGGAUGGGACAUUUCCAAUAAACAAGGUGC